AUGGACACUUAUUCAGACCCUGUCAAACAGUGUAGCCUAUGUAUUACAAAACAUCUUGUUGAGAACCAUUUACUCCAGAAAAGUUUCGAAAUUUUCAAAGCCUGAUUGGAAAAAUGGCGCGUUGCUCUUUAAGGUUCAUCCACUUCCUCGGUUUGAUGAUGUACAUUUCAUCAGCUACAUCAUCGUCUCCGAGUGCCACGAUUUUCACCCUGGAAGAGAAGCUGCAUACAUUAACAGACAACUUUAUUAAAUUCAAGGAGGACGUCGAAGACAAACACAUGCAACUCGAGGCCAAAAACGCAAAGCUGGAGGCGAAUGAUCAAAUUCACAAAGACGUUCGAAGAGUACUAGAAAACAAAGUGACGCAACUUGAGGCUAGGGUGAUUCAAUUAGAGGCAACAGUAGAGCAUCAAGAAUCACUUCUUAUCGCCCUGCAAACUGAGCAAUCAUUGACAACUACUUCCGGAUCACGCAAUAUUCCUUCUGCUGGGAAGAGUAGCAUCGCAAGAACGUGUCGAGAUCUUCGUGCGACUGAUCCUUCACUUCCGUCCGGAAUGUACUGGAUCGAUCCGGAUGGACAAGGAAUCGGAGACGACGCCAUCUACGUUCAAUGUAACAUGACGUCAGGAUCCACAUCUGUUCCACACGACAGCGAAUCACCAAUCGACGUGGGUCAUUGCGCUGAUCCUGGAUGCUACUCGAGGGCAAUCAACUACGUCGCAAGUAGCAGGCAAAUUAAGGCUUUGUCUCAGCUAUCAGCCGAAUGCCAACAGUCGAUCAAAUACGAGUGCAAUUAUGCGCCGUUUGAGACUAAUAAUAUCGUCUACUCAUGGUGGAAUGAUAAAGAUGGGAAUCCGCAAUAUUUUUGGUCGGGAAGCAACUCAAGCGUUCACACUUGUCAGUGUGGUAUCGACCAUAACUGCGUCGAAGAUUACGUAAAAUGCAACUGCGAUUCAACCGUUCCACUACUGCUGGCUGACAAUGGUGUCAUCAGAGAUAAGGAAAUUCUGCCAAUAAGCCGUCUCAACUUCGGUCGGACUCAACUGGCAACCUCUUCCGGUGUCCACACUUUGGGCCAAUUUGAAUGUAACGGACAAGUGUCCGUCGCCGGAAUUCCGACUUCAUGUGAAGACUUGUGGCUGGUGGGACAUACUUUGAGCGGAUUGUAUUCCGUAAUGGGAACAUCUAAAAUGGAAUCUGUAUACUGCGAUUUCACUAAACUCCCUGAUGACGCGGGUUUCCAGAAAUGGAUCGGGUACGCUGACAUAAAAUCAGCGCUCACAUACUUUCAUGUGUCGAGAAACGCUCACUUCAGUCAAAUUGGCACCCCGAUUCCAUUCCAGAUUUCGCACAUCAACACUGAGAAUGCUAUGGAUUUAAACAUGGGGAAAUUCAGAGCACCGCGGACGGGAACCUACUUUUUCUCGUUCAACGGCAUGGUGGAAAUUCCAGCCUCGCCUAGGGUUGGUUUAGGGGUUUCCAUUUACUUGAAUGGCGUAAACAAAGGGAGGAGCUGGAAUGAAAAAAUCAAUGGCGGUUCCAGUGACAAUGAUCAAGUAGGCCUCCAAGUAACACUCAAUUUGAAAACGGGGGAUCAAGUAUGGGUGGAGAUUGACGACAGAUUUUCUGAGACAUUUCUGUGGGAAGACGGUAGUGGACUAAACACUCAUUUCACUGGUUGGAUUUUAGAAGAAGAAAUUAAAAACUCGCUGUGAAUUGUUGUUUUGAUAGUAGAAUAUAACAUAUAUCAAUCUACAUCAAUUAAAUCAUUGGUUUGUUUUCUUUUUGUAGUCGUUGAAUAAUAUAGUAAUAGAAAAAAAUUGUUUGUUGCUAGAUCAUAUAUGCCUAAAAAGUGGUGCGCUGAAUCACGAAAAGCAAAAAAAUCGCAAAAAAUUUGAAGAAUUUUAUAUUUUCUUACCAUCAGCAUCAUUGACGUUGACGUAUUCUUGAGCAUCAAUAACAGAUUUGACUUCAGAUUCGCUCGUUGAUGUUGAAAUGUUGAUGUUGAAAAGAAGCAGAACAAAGCAAAAUAAAAGAGACCUGGACUGGAAGGUCGAAAGAA